CAACAAGAACAGGCAAGUGAUUUGCAGCCGUCUUUUCGAUAUGGAAUGCAACAACACAAUCGAAAUGGGAUCAGCCGGAAACGACGGUGUCAACGAGACUACAGUCAGCGGUUAUACUCAAGAUUAUAAGCUCUGUGAGUACAACACACUCAAMAAAACCCUAAAGCCACUAUUYGUAUCGAUGAGGAUUAUAGGAUCGGUUUAUGGCGAUGUUUUCAAAGAAGGCUGUAUGAAGUCUAAUUCCAUAGGGUGUUCAGAUGAAAUCAUGGACCAUAAAAUCGAACAUCAAGGAAGCAAUGAGAAGGAUCYCAAGUCAUGUAGACACACUCUGGGGUUCUGUUUCUGCGUUUUCGUUGGGACAGUGCAUUUUCUCUUAGUUGGUCACGGAAUAUAUGAAAUAGCUUCCGUAGGUAACACGAUGAACAUUAUGAAAAUGACAUUUCGUUUUAGUUGGUUGUUUAUAUGCGCUUGCCAGCAUAUCGUGUGCGUAUUCAUCACCUCGUAUCGUACCAAGAAAACAAAACUUACCAGAUUUGACAGGUUUSUCAAGGCUAUGCUUUUAGUAAGAGAAGAAAGCGUCCUUAAGACCAAACACCGUGUGAUAAUUAAUCUCAAAUGUGGCUGGAUCUAUAUGAUGAUCAAUGCAUUGGUUUUCUGGAUAGGAUUUUCUUUAAGAGAACCAGAUAUACUCGAAAUAUUGCUAGGAAGCUCAGACUGGUCUCUUACUCAUUCUGAUAAACUUAUCUAUCCUUUUGCAAUUAUGGUUCCAUUCGUGGUUGGCACCUGGGCAAUUCCAACGUGUUUAUACAUUUCCAUGUGCAAUGUGGUCGGUGGCUGCUUUGACGAUCUUUUCGACCGGACUUCCUCUGCAAUUUUAGAAAAGAARCAUAUCGAUCUGAAAAAUCUUCGUCGAGAGUAUGUCCGCCUGAGUAACCUCCUUUCYGCUCUAAAUGACUUGCUGUCACCUCUUGGGAUGGUGAUGUUUUCAAUUUACUUUCCAGUAAUAUGUCUUAACAUCAAUAUAGGUAUACGGACAUUUGAACCAGGUCACUCUGUUAUCCACCGUGUGGCUUACGUUUCGUGGAUGGUAUUGAACUCUUCAAUUCUCUUUCUUAUUUCUUUGAAUGGAGCUCGGGUAAAUGAAGCGGUAGGUAACACACAAUGCAAACUGAUGAAUUAG